UACCGCUUUCGCUUGUGUGCAUAAGUGCACCGUCAAUACCGAUACGAGUUCAACGAUAAACCGAUUCGAAACGCAUACCCUUACAAAUUGUGUUUAUCAAGUGCAUUUUUUUUAAUCGAGUUAUGUAUCAAACUUUGAGCUUCUAGUAAUAGAUGAGUUUUUGAAAUUUGUUUUCGGUGAUAAAAUUUUUUGAUGAUGAAAAGGGAACGAUGUUUCGGACGCUGCCGGUGAAAUGGGAAAGCUGAGAGAGAUCGGACUUGCCACAGUUGUUUGAUGGAUGUGGAAGGUGCGGAGUGCUGGAGGUCGGGAGGCGGCAGGAUGGUGGCGGAGGAGGGCAAGACCAGGGCGACGGACUUCUCCAUCGCGGCCAUCAUGGCCCGCGCCGCGGAGCCGCGCAGCCCGCUCGCGCGCUCGCCGCCGCACACCGGUUCGGUGUCGAGACAGAGUUCACCGGCGUCGCUCAGUUCCCCCGCGUCCAGCUGCCGGUCUCCGGGGCCGGACGAGGAUGUUGAGGUUGACGUAGAACAGUGCUCGGACGGCGAGAGAGACGCCUCCGAUCACGCCAUACCUUCGCCCGCUCCCUCAUCUGAGUUAGGCGAGCGGGACACCCCGUCCCCCGCGCGGCCGCUGCCCCCCGCCACCUCCUGCAACUGCGAGGAGCUGCUCUCGGUGGACUGCCAGCUCGAGACCAAGGAGCUCUGGGACAAGUUCCACGACCUGGGCACCGAGAUGAUCAUCACGAAGACUGGGAGACGCAUGUUCCCGACGGUGCGCGUGUCGUUCGCGGGCUGCCGCGCGGAGGCGCGCUACGCCGUGCUGCUGGACGUGGUGCCGGUGGACGGCAAGCGCUACCGCUACGCCUACCACCGCUCCUCGUGGCUCGUGGCCGGCAAGGCCGACCCGCCCGCGCCCGCGCGCCUCUACCCGCACCCCGACUCGCCCUUCACCGGCGACCAGCUGCGCAAGCAGGUCGUCUCCUUCGAGAAGGUCAAGCUCACCAACAACGAGAUGGACAAAAAUGGACAGAUUGUACUGAACUCCAUGCACCGGUACCAGCCCAGGAUCCACUUGGUGAAGGUCCGCGACGGAGGUGGACCGAUCACGGACCUCUGUCGUGAACAGCACCGCACGUUUGUGUUCCCUGAGACCGUGUUCACGGCUGUCACGGCAUACCAGAACCAACUCAUCACAAAACUGAAGAUUGACUCGAACCCUUUCGCGAAAGGGUUCAGAGAUUCCUCGAGGCUUACGGAUUUUGAUAGAGAUCCAAUGGAGCUGAUGUUGAUGGAGCAGCAACUGCUUCGGUCUCCGUUACGGCUGUACGCAAGUGGGGCGAGCGGAGUCGGUGGAGAUGAAGAGGCUGAGAAGCGAGCGGCCUGGGCGCGGACGCCUCCUGCGCUGCAACUGCUGGCCCUCGGCGGGCGGGCCUGGCCCACGGCGUGGCCCCAGCCGCUGGCCCUGCCGCCGGACCUGUGGCUGCAGAAGCCCCCGGCGCCGCUCCGCUACUGCCCCUACCCGCCGCCGGCGCACCCCGGCGCGCCCCCCACGCGACCUGACCACUCGCCCUCGCCACGACACCCGCUGUGAAUUCACGCAACCAUUCCAAACUCUUAGUGGUGAUUUCAAAAGUGCUGUGACGACUACCGAGAUCCGAUCUCAUCGAUACACCCUCAACAUGAGAUCGACGGGACUUCGAAUAUUUAAUGUGAAUUUUAAACUAGUACCUUAAUAGAGAAUCGAAUGUAUUAAAUAAACGUAAGAUUAUCGAUAGAUGUACUCUAAUAUAUAAUUUCAAGGUUCCUACCCGAAAAAAGAUAUUUUGAAUUGUAUUUAACGUAGAUUUUAUGAAAUUGAUACUUAUGAAAACAUAAAAAUAUAACAAUAGUUACCUACACUCUUUAACUUUGCUUUUCAGUACCGUCAGCAUUAUUUUGUUGGAAUUUUUAUUUACUUACGACUUGUUACAAUUGAUUCUUAUUGCACAAUGCAUCACAGAACCAGAUUAGCAUAAUAAAUAAAUCAUUAAUUAACCAAAGAAAAUUACUAAUUACAAAACUAUAAAACAUUCCAUUUGGCGUGUCAUCUCAUUGUCUACCUACACAUCGAGAUGAGACGACGUUAAAAUAUAACUUUCUAACGUUGCGUUCCUCAUAAUUUUAAACUAUGCAUUUGUCUCUACCAUUAAUGAUUCCAUGACUCACAUUUAUUCUCAUGAGUUUCCUUUUGUCCCGUUAUCUACAAAUCGGUGAUAAUACUAACAUUGUUUAGAUAUACAUAUUAUAAUAACAUUAUGUGUGUACAUUGUAAUUAAUAAGCAUAUUUAAUUCCAUUUGUUUAAGAUACCUUAUAAAAUGUAUGUAUUUGUAUAGUGGUUGACUAAAUUAUUUUUGUAGGAUAAGCACUGUAUAUAAAGGGUCACCUAGAUGUUUGUAAUAAGAGGUUUCGAAGAAGUAUUGUCUUACAAUAUUAGUAGAAAAUAAUGUUACAAGUGUUGCUCACACUGUCACACAAAACUUGCAGAGAUAUGUUGCCUUACCUAUGUUUAUAUCUAUUUCACGAAAAAGCACAAAUAAUACCUAUGUUAAAAGUGGUAGAAUAUGUCACUAUUGAUUCCAUUGACUCAUCGACUCUUGGCACCCCUAUUUUUGAUGAGAUGAAUGAAAACGAGGGGGAUAAGUGAAAAGUAUAACUGAAAAUUGAGAAAAUGAUUUAGUAAUGUUUGUAAUAUUCCGUAUACGUAGCUCUCAGCUAAUAUACUAAAAUUGCUAUCAAAUAUUGGAUUUAAAUAGUAUAAACAGUAACUGAAACAAACAAUUCGAUUAUUGUAUUUUCACUUUCGUAUCUAAAAUAUCGAAGAUAGACUGUGUCAUAAUUAUGUGAUCUUGUGUGGAUUAUCACACUUCUGAGUUGGAAAUGUAUCUUUGUCCAAACCCGUUUUCACUGUCCUACACUGUACUGUGUAAACAUGACAUACAAUUUUUUAAUAUUGUAGUGUUUAACAAGUAAUUAUUUGGAUGUUGGCCAAGUGAAAAAGUCAAUGGAUUGGAUACAAUGUCAAAACUUUUGUUAUUGUUCAUUUAACAUCAAUUUUACCUUAAUGAUCCGGAACAUUUAUAAUAUUUGGCUAUAUUGUUUUCAGAUGUCAAAAUGUAAACCAAAGAAGUGUUCUAGAUGAGACAUUUUACACAUUUUAAUGUUUUUGUUAAUCACUAAAUCAUAUUAAAAUUGAUUUUGUAAUUCAGCCUAGAUUUUAAGGUGUGAGCAUCACGCAAAAGUAGCGACACAUAUCAGGGCGCGUCCCUAAGUGUUAAUA